AUGGAGAAUCGUUUUCAGAGCAAAACACAAGAAGAUGAUGUGAUUGGACAAUUACCGAGUAAUAAGAGGCCCUCUAUGUCUUUAAGUAUGGGCGGAUUAUGGGACGUAGUUCCACGGCUGGAUCAUUACAGAUUAAGCCGUCGCGCGAAAAGACCAUCUCUGAGCACUCUACAUGAAGGAAAUCUCAUAAAGGACGCCAAUUCCGUCGAAACCGGACAAGUUGGAAGCGUUGUCGGUCAGCAGGGUCACGUUGGAAUAAAAUUAGGAUGGAUCCAAGGCGUUCUUAUACCAUGCCUGUUGAACAUAUGGGGCGUCAUGCUGUUUCUGCGACUUUCGUGGAUAGUCGCGCAGGCCGGCAUUCUGCAGACUAUCGUCAUUAUCGGAAUAUCGGCGGUCGUCUGCGUCAUUACGACACUUAGCCUCAGCGCAAUUAGCACUAAUGGGGAAGUAAAGGGAGGUGGGAUAUACUUCAUCAUAUCUCGUUCUCUUGGACCCGAGUUUGGCGCAUCAGUUGGCAUCGUAUUUGCAUUUGCAAAUGCUGUAGCAGCUUCUAUGAAUACUAUCGGUUUCUGUGAUUCCCUUAAUGACUUGUUAAAGACGAACAAUUUGAAGAUCAUAGAUAAUAGCGUGAAUGACGUUAGAAUUGUUGGUAUAAUAGCGCUCAUCGUUAUGAUUCUUAUCUGUGCAAUCGGUAUGGAGUGGGAAUCAAAGGCACAAAAUUUCCUUAUAGCCAUCAUUGUGAGUGCGAUCUUUGAUUUUUUAAUUGGUACUAUCAUGGGACCACAAAAUGAGGAACAGAAAGCGAAAGGUUUCAUAGGAUUUUCCGCGGACGUAUUUAUGGCUAAUCUCGGAUCAGAUUAUCGAUACUCUGAGAAUAACAAUCAAACUUUCUUCUCGGUGUUUUCCAUCUUCUUCCCAUCGGUCACCGGGAUUCAAGCAGGCGCUAACAUAUCCGGUGAUUUGAAGGAUCCAGCGAGCAGCAUACCUAUCGGGACUCUUCUCGCUCUGUUGAUAUCCAUGUUUAGUUAUGCAACUUUCGUCUUUUUUGCUGGCGCCGCGGCUGCUAGAGAUGCAGGUGGUUUUGUGAACAGUACUGUUGUGGAUUGUAUUCCUGGGUUUAACUGCACGUACGGACUGCAAAAUAGUUAUUCAGUCAUGCAGUUAAUGUCAUUAUGGGGUCCUCUAAUUUAUGCAGGCUGCUUCGCAGCUACUUUGUCGACAGCGUUGACCAAUUUAUUAUCAGUACCGAGACUUAUUCAGGCUCUGGGUCAAGAUCGAAUUUAUCCCGGGUUGAUUUACUUCAGCAAGAGAUAUGGAAAGUCCGGGGAGCCCUAUAGAGGAUAUGUUCUCACAUUUGUCGUUGCGGCACUCUUUCUCUUAAUCGCCAAUCUCAACGUAGUCGCACCGCUCAUCUCGAACUUCUAUUUAGCGUCAUACGCUUUAAUCAACUUCUGCACUUUUCACGCAGCAUUGAUUCGACCUCUCGGGUGGCGGCCUAGUUUUAAAUACUACAAUACUUGGCUGUCUUUGAUGGGUUUUAUUCUUUGCGUGGCAAUUAUGUUCCUUAUCGAUUGGGUGACUUCACUCGUUACUUUCGUCAUUAUCUUCGCGCUAUAUCUAAUAGUAGUUUACCGUAAACCAGAUGUAAACUGGGGCAGCAGUACGCAGGCGCAAACUUUUAAGACUGCAAUUUCCAUCGUUUACAGGUUGAACUCCAUUGACGAACACGUGAAGAAUUAUGCUCCUAAAAUUUUAGCACUUACUGGCCCGCCUGCUGCAAGACCCGCAUUAAUACACUUAGCGAAUCUCAUCACAAAGAAUAAUUCGUUGCUGAUUGCCGGCGAAGUUUUUCCGACACGACUAUCGUAUCGACUACGCUCCGUACGCCUAAAUAAUGGUUCCUUCUGGCUACAACAACAACGUAUAAAAUCAUUUUACCACUUAGUGGAUGACUUGAAUCUGGAACGAGGUGCUGCUGCAUUGAUGCAGGCAACCGGGAUCGGUAAAUUGGCUCCCAAUGUAGUCCUCAUGGGUUAUAAGACCCAUUGGUCGAUGUGUAAUCAUAAAGAUUUGCAGGAAUAUUUUAAUAUUCUUCACAAUGCUUUCGAUAAUAAAUUGGCUGUAGCAAUCUUGAGAAUUGCUGAAGGUUUGGAUUGCUCCAGCAUAACAAAUGGAGAAGACACAAACGGAGAGGAUGAUCAUGGAGGUCUCGUACAGAGUAGUUAUAAUUUAGCGGGUAAUACUUUAAUGCACGCUGAUAGCAAUCUCUCCAUGAGUACGCAGAUUCCGAGGGUACAAAGCGUACCGACGAUAGGUACUUCAUUUGUCACACCUGACACGACACCUGUGAUUGGAUAUUCAACGAUAAAUUGGAAAGCUCACGAUAAUAUAAAACAAAAGAGAAAACAUACUGUUGAUAAAUUGUUCGAAAGACGAAACGGCGGAAUGGCUUCUAUACCAGAAAAUGUAACAAUUUUCCAACAGAAAUACAAGAAAGGAACAAUUGAUGUGUGGUGGCUAUAUGAUGAUGGAGGUUUAACGGUUCUCCUACCGUAUAUAAUCAGCACACGCUCAAAUUGGAAGCAUUGCAAAAUGAGAAUAUUUGCUCUAACUAACCAUAAGCAUGAUAUUAGCGCACAAGAAAAAGAAAUGAUUGAAAUAAUGAACAAGGCACGAAUUAACUAUAGUAGCUUGAAGAUAGUAGAUGACAUUGGCGUCGAAUUAAAAGAGGAGACACGGAUUUUCUUUGACAAAUUAAUAUCCGAUUUUCGAAUAAACGAUUCUUCUUCCAUAAAUGGUGAAUGCUAUAUUACUGAUAACGAGCUUCAGACUCUACGAGAGAAAACGCAUCGACAAUUGCGAUUACGAGAAUUAUUAUUGGAAAAUUCGAGUAAAUCUACUUUAGUAGUUAUGUCUUUACCAAUGCCAAGAAAGGGUGCAGUAUCGGCACCAUUAUACAUGGCCUGGUUGGAGACACUUACGAAGGAUAUGCCACCUACGAUUUUAGUCCGCGGAAAUCAUACAUCUGUAUUAACAUUCUAUUCGUAGUCCACCGAACGUGGUCUAGUUAUAAAUGGUAUUCGAGAGUAGGCUUGCAUCGUCCAUGCCAAAAUGAAGAAAUGGAUGAAACAGCUUCUGACAGAUAAAAUUGUUGUAUCGAGGAUUGUAAUGAUAAGCACAAUGAAGAAUGAAGAACUUUACUGGAGUUCGACUUUCAGUAUGACGCAGCAAGAUUCUUAUGUGGAAUUCGAAUGACGAAUAUGACUUGAAUGUCAUAUAUGAAGAGUAUAUUGAAGAUUAUUAGCAAUGAGAAGUUAUGUCAUAGAAGAGUCUCUUAGCAGAAUGAGCGAGUAUUUUAUCUUUACAUCGAAUGAUGAAUAGAAUCGAAGACAUUUUCCAACUCAAAAAAGUCUGUUAAAGAAAUAGGUAGUGUGGAAGAUGCCAACAAACGAAUUUUGGUAGAAAAACUAGAAUAAUAAAAGUAGAAGCGGUGAGAAAGACAUAAUAAUGAAAUAGUGGGAAACAAAAUGGGAAGAAGAAUAAAUGGGACGAAGAAU